AUGCACAGGCUGGACUUUCAGAAUAAUGCCGCGCUGCUUCACGGCACGGUGGAGGACACCGACACCUCCCUGGCGGAGAUCGAGGCGCGCUUCGGGCCGGAGGUGCGGCGCGUCGUGGAGGAGGUGACCGACGACAAGGCCUUGCCCAAGGCCCAGCGCAAGCGCCUGCAGGUGGAGCGCGCCGCCCACAAGAGCCCGCCCGCCCGCCUGGUGGCCCUGGCCGACAAGCUCCACAACCUCCGCGACCUCGCCCGCUGCGCCCCACAAGGCUGGUCUGCGGAGCGGGUCCAGGAGUACUUCUGCUGGGCCUCGGAGGUGGUGACGGGCUUGAGGGGGACCAACACGGUGCUGGAAGAGAAACUGCAGCAGCUGUUCGAAGCCAGAGGCCUCCCCCCGCUGGGACCCUGACAGCCCCCCCCUAUUCGGAGACCCUGACUCUGCUGGACUCCUCCUGGCUGGAGGGGAAACACCCCGUUGCCUCUGGCCCUCCAGGACUUUGCCGUGACCCCCCACCCACACCCACUGUGUGUGUCCUUCCCCAUGA